UCUCUGCCUUCUAGUUGUUCCGAUAGAAAUAAACUUUGAGAAAGCGCGUCACUUUGAUUGAGAAAUUGCUUAGCGUCUGCUAAGUGUAGCGACGGCGAUAACGGGACAUACAUGCACCUAGUUAGAAACUGCAACUUGCACUACAGUCUACAAGGGCUUGUUUUUCUCUGCUAGUCCGCUACAACCUGGACUCAAAAAGUCAAGGAGUACAGGGACCAAGACCAACGUGCACAUUAUUACAUAGGACUGCCCCGCCAAAUAUUUUCUGCUUCGCAGCCCACUAUACGACUAGAGACAGAGACCCGCCUACUUACUUACUUAGCACCUACACGGCAUAAUCUUCUUCAAGAUAUAUCACCUUUUUCACUUCACAUCACCAUACCCUAUUUUAAUUCAUCAUGUCGUCACCUGGUCCGGGUGCCGAGGGCGACGAUGUCGAAUUGUAUGAACUUCUCGGGGUUAGCAAAGACGCAAGCCAGAAUGAUAUCAAGAAGGCAUACAGAAAGCUUGCACUACAACACCAUCCCGACAAAGUCCCCGAAGAUCAGCGAGCAGAAUCCGAAGUCAAGUUCAAGUCUGUAACUCAAGCCUACGAAAUUCUUCGAGAUGAGGAGAAGCGUGCCAUGUACGACAAACAUGGCAUGGCUGCCUUCGACCCUUCCAGAGGUGGAGGUAUGGGCGAAGAGGUUGAUAUCAACGAUAUCUUGGCACAGAUGUUUGGCAUGGGCGUGGGAGGUGGUGGCAUGGGCGGCGGUCCCGGAGCUGGACCUCGAAGACCGAGACGUGGUCCUGAUGAGGAGUCCAAGUAUACCGUCAGCUUAGAGGACCUCUACAAGGGCAAAACUGUCAAAUUCGCUGCCAACAAGAAUGUCAUAUGUGGAACUUGCAAAGGCACCGGCGGCAAAGAGAAGGUCAAGCCCCAAACAUGCGAUCGCUGCAAGGGACACGGCCACGUGGAAGCCUUUCGACAAGUUGGGCCCGGCCUCAUCACGCGCGAAGCGGCUGUGUGCGAUAGGUGCCAGGGUUCCGGUAACUACUUUAAGGAAAAGGACCGAUGUAAGAAGUGCAAGGGUAAGCGCACCGUCCUAGAGACCAAGCCGCUCGAGAUCUACAUCCCCCGUGGCUCGCGUCAGGGCGAGCGAAUCGUCCUUGAAGGCGAAGCAGACCAACACCCCGAUCAAACACCCGGCAAUCUGGUCUUUGUUCUUGACGAGGAGCCUCACGAGGUUUUCAACCGCAUCGGAGAUGACCUCUCAGCCGACCUUGAUAUCACCGUUGCGGAGGCUCUUUGUGGCUUCUCCCGUGUUGUUAUUCAGCAUCUCGACGGUCGAGGUAUUCACAUUGACCGUCCACGAGGCAAGGUGCUCCACCCAGGACAGGUGCUCAAGGUAGAGGGUGAGGGUAUGCCAUUGAAGCGAGGAGAAUCCAAAGGAAAUCUUUAUCUUAUGGUAAAGAUUGAAUUCCCCGAGGACGGUUGGCUCAAGGACGAUGCGGCGUAUGAGUCUCUUCAGAAACUCUUGCCUGGCCCUCCACCAGAGAUCAAAGUUGAUGAGUCUGACGAAGUGGCUUAUGACGAUGACGCUGACAUUGAUGAGAUGGGUGCAAAUUCGGGUGACCCACGCUUUGGGGAAGGAUGGGAAGAUGAUGACGAGGAGGCUGGACCACAAUGUGCACAGCAGUAAUGAGUUAUGAGUUACGAUCUUUUGGUUUGGCAGAGUCUGGAUAUCUCGGAUGAGGAUCUCGGUUUAUUAUGAACCACGGGCAGUUCACCAAAACCAGGUUCGGCUUUACCACGAAUAUCCCAUGGCAGUGACGAAGGAGAGUCAAUGGCUAUAGAAAUCGCGGAUAGGGAUUUCCCUCGACGGGAGGGAUCAGAGAGAGGAAUUACAUCUCCAUUUUUACGUUAUUAGACUGAGUCCAAUACUGGAACUCUUACAGAACUGCAUGUCGCCGAGAUAUUGCUACCUAGCAAUUAUUCUACAGGAGACUCGGUAAUAUACCAAUCGUAUUUCUCUUACUACUAUGGUUGUUGUGAUGAAUGAUUGGCACAUUCCUGGAUCGGGUAGCACUCUGCCAAAGAUGAUAGGAGGUUAAUACAUUUAAGUACCUAUGUUCCGAUGUCAACUUGAACAUUGAAUGUUGCACAGUGAACCUCAGCAUUGUAGGCUUCAAGUUCAAUGUUCAUUGACCCUUGUAGGUUAGAAUAGUUAUAGUUAGCCACAAGUGGCUGAGCACACACAGUGUCCUGGCAGUCUCCACCUUUGUAUUUCUGUACCCACUCAC